GUCGUUCGACCCCCAAAGGGGUCGCGACCCACAGGUUGAGAACCACUGUGCUAUUUGAAGUGCUAUGCAUUAGUGAGUGGUGGGUAUGUAGGUGUGAACUGAUCAGGCCUCCAGGCUGCCAGAACAUCAGCAUUAUCAUGGCCGUAGCUGGAAUAUCAUUACUUCUAAGAAGUGUUCGGCUGACAUCAAAAUUUACAAGUUCUUCAGACAUUCCAGUAGAAUUUAUAAGAAAGAAUGUUAAACUACGUGGACGAUUACGCCGACUAACUGAGGAUGUUUUAGAAAUUGAACAUAUUCCUAUUACUUUACCUAUUAUAUCGUCAUGGAGAAAAGAGCCCUGUGGUGUUUUGCUGGUUAAGCUGGCUGGAGUAGAACUCACGAAAUCUGGGAAAGUGUGGUUACAAAAAGAACUAAAACCUUCCCAACUACUGUGGUUCCAGCUUCUCGGAAAGGAGAAUUCAGUACUCUUUUGCUACCUUUUAGUGAAUAAGGGUAGAUUUUUUAAUGUGAAUCUAAAUGAAGACAUUUUGAGAAGAGGCCUUGGCAAAACUGUUUUUGUUAAAGGACUAAAUCAUGAUUCUAAAAUGUAUUGGAAAAUUCACAAGCGCUUACUUAAAGCUGAAUUAACAGCCUUAAAAAAGGGAGAAGGAAUAUGGAAGGAAGAAUAUGAAAAAAAAUCUUAUUUGGAAAAAUUCAAAGAGUCCUGGGGAGAAUAUUGGAAGAAAGAUAGUUAUUUAAAAAAAAUUGGAUCAGAUUUCAACCUGAAAAAAGAAAGUUAUUAUGACAAAUUUAGAAGUACUUAUGAAGCAUGGAAAGACAACUCCUUAAUACUGAAGUUCAGAGAACUUAUGAGUCGCAUACACUUUCGUAGAAAAGGGUGAAAUAUUCCAAGAGGUCUAGAGGUGACCUACUCUGAAAACAGUAAAAUAUCUAACUAUAUGGACAUAUUUCAUUGAGUUGAAAUGGGAAUUUCUCAAAAUGACCAAGUUGUAUUUUCAUGGUAUUUAAAUAUUUAAGAGAUGAUUAUUAUAAAGGUGACAUCAGAAUAAUUUAAACAAAAUGUGAUUAAUGUAAUAUGCUUUUAGGAAAAAUUAAACACUCUAUAAAAAUGUACCAGGUUGGGGGAUAUAUACAUGUUGUGCUGAUAUUUGAAGAGAUUUUAAUUGUAUGGGUCAUUGUGUUCUUUAGUUAUUUUGGGCAGCCAUAUUUAAGUUGUUUUUUUUAAGAGAAUAUUUCUUCCAGUUUUAUCAACUUUGAUUAUUUAUAAUAAAGGAGCUGUUUAUAACCCA